CAAGUAUAGGAAAACACACUGCACUGCAAAGAAAGAUCUUCUCUCCGAUGGGGAAGAACAUUAACUUUACCCUCCUCUCCCAGUUCAGCGAGCUGUGAAACUGAAAGGGAAUACACCAAAUAUCUGCUUGCCAUAACGUCCUCAGCCUGUAGCUACACUGAGCUGCUUGAGGAAAGCUGUAGUUCCAAGAGCAGUGAUCUUCCAAGAGUCACUCAGGGGUAACGUCAUCGAGAACCUUGGCUUUGUCCCAAGGUACAUUCGUGAAGGCCCAGCCUUUCGCUGGAAGGUUUGAAAAGUAUUUCAGCUUUUGCUUAAUCUUUUCUUAAGAAAGUCUCUAUGACUGUAAACGAAGCAUUAUCUAAAGGUAACUGGCCUUCUCUGGCAGAAUCAAAGGCUACAGUGAGCAUUACCUGGAGAAUAAUGUUUAUACUGAAAAAUAAUACAACUAUGCACAACUAUGGAGUUGGUUGGUCAAAUAUUUGCAGAAGAAUAUAUGCCACUAGUGUCUGUGUGAACACAACAUUUCCUUCAUUUAGAAAACGCUCAUUCAAUUUUACGGAUAAAAAAGAUCAAGAUUUUGCUGGUCUGCCUUGCUAUGUUUACUAAAACUAAAUCAGUGCCUCUUUAUUCCAGACGUCAGGUCAUUAAAAUAACAAUCAAUCCUCAAACCCCACUGACCAGAAAGAAAAACAGCUAAACAUAAUGUGCUGUUUGUAAUGUGGCUCUUCCACACACUGGAAAUACCAGUGGUUAUGUUCUACAAGGGAAAAAUAGCAGUCCUAACCAAAAUAAUUACAUGAUCUUAAACAAACAAACAACAACAACAAAACCCACAGAAAAUCCAGCACCUGUUUUGUUCACCAGGGAUGCUUUGACUCCCGUAUAGUCUCUUCAGGCAAUACUGGAGAAGGUGUGAAAUCUAUUGAAGACUUUCUGUCUUCAAUAAUAUGCUGCUUUUUGACACUAUUAACACAAUAGCUUACUGGUUUUUUUUUCCUAUCUUCUUUAAAAAUUAAAGGAAAAACAAGGAGUUUGAUGCACUUGGCCUCUCCCUCUUUCUUUGUUGUCCUUUUGCUGGACUGAAAAGUUAAAUAACAACUAAAAGUUACCUGCCUUUGUCACCGUGUCAGGCAGGGAUUUGCAGAUGACUCAGGCUCUAGCUAUUCUUCCCUUGAUUACAGUCACGAAACAUUUUAUGGGGAUGUUCAACUCCAGUCUCUUCCAGGCAAAUGACAACUUGACAUACAGAGCAACACUGUGUAUCUCUUCUGUGGAAAAAGGAAGUUCUACAUCUGCUAAAAACAGCAGCAAUCCUCAACCUAAGACUCAACAGGGAAAAAGCUUUGCAAGUCAUUUCCUUAUUCCAGAGCCAUCACCACAGAACACAGGUUUGUACAGCACAGAGCAGUCAAAUAAUUAAAAUCUUUCCUGUAUGAAGGAAAGCUGCUAACUUCUCAUGCUCCUUGCCUAUGAGACCUCAUGUCCCAGGGAGACUCUGGUGCCAUUUGCUCACCCCACGCAUGCUGCAUUCCCAUGGCUGAGCUCUAUCUGCGCUCUGUCUGACGGGGAACCAUCUCAAACUCAACUUCCUCUGGAGAAUAUUCCAGCACCAGAACUUUGAGAAUUAUGAUGGAAUCCAGAGCUAAGAAGCAGCUGGUUGAAAUAUAGAACAACUGUUGAAAGGAAGGAGUUGAAUGCUUAACCACAGAACUAUUCACUGCUUUAUUUAGAGUCCCUUGGCAGCUUCAGCUGAGCAGAGCAAUCAGGUUAAGAAGUUAUUCCUCUCCACCCCCUCUUUUCCUCUCCUGCUCAGAUACUGAGUGGCAGCAAGGCAUUGGCUUGCAAGUUGGGACUUCGUGCUGCUAGGUGCAAUACAUGGAUGGCCCUCUUCUUCAUUUUCACCUUUUUCUUGAGCUUUGCUUGUGACAAUGGGGAGCUGCAACUUCCAGACCACAAGGACUGUCAAAGUGGAGUUCACUGCAGAAGAAAACAGAACCUGACAAACUGUCCAGCAGGCUUUUUCUGCCCCGAAGGAAGUACCAUGCCAGUUCCAUGUCCCCGAGGCACUUUCCGUUCCGAAGGAGCAGCACUGACACCACACAGCUGCUUGGCGUGCCCAGUGGAUUUCUUCAACCCCAUGCCUGGCCAAAAAGCAUGCUUCCCAUGCGGCUCAGAGGCAGCACAGCCCACAGAAGGGCAAGAAACGUGCAUCUGUCUUGGGAAAGGCCAGGUGUUUCAGGCUCGUGAUGCUCGCUGCACAUGCCCUCUGGGUUAUCGGAGCUCGCUGGAUGGCAGAAGACAUUGUGUCAGGCAAGCGUAUGAUAUUUGUCGAGAUUCAGCCUCCCGAAAUCAAGAAGGACGGUGUCUAACCAAGAAGGAAUGGACUCACUAUUGCUCAGAAAAGGUUUGCACUAUUCCCAGAGAUUAUCAAGGCUAUGACAAGGUUCUUGGCUUAUGCAUCUGUCAAACUGACCGUCUGGAGAGCAUCUGUGAUUCUCAGUGUAGAAGGCAACAAAAAGAUACCCUGCAAAUCACCUGUGCAGAGGAAAAUCCUCAGCUUUCUAUCACUUACAGAAAUGGGAGCAAGGCUGCUGUUCCCUUAGAAGAAUUAAGAGCAGUUCUACUAGGAUCAUAUUUCCCUUUAAAAGAUGUCUGCACUUCAGAACAAAGUAAAUACUCCCAUCCAGCAUACAUCGUGAAAACAAGUGGGAGAGGAUUUUUAGGAGUGUAUAAUCCUGACCCACAGCUAUUUCACAACUUCAUCGUGCUGAACAAGGCUUCAUCACUUCACAAAAACAGGCCUCCCUCCACAACAGUUUCAGUUAAUUCUGACGAUGAAGAACCCAGAUCUUCCCUGGUACAAAGCCUGAGACCUUCAACCUCUACAUCAAAAAUCAUAUUUACUGGCAUCUUAAAUCCUACCACAUGCAUCAGUGCUAAUGUUACCAUUGUGUUCAUUGUCUCCAAGGAGCAUUACCCAGUUUAUGAUGUGAACAACUUGUACAACACAAACGCUGAAUUUGACUGGGGGGACUUCCGAAGACUUGCAGAGGAAAUAAGAGAGGUUUCCCAAACAUUCCUCCUCUUCCUUUUCCAGUUCCAGCACCCUGGUACCUAUGUGUUACAACUGAGCAGCAAUCAGCACAAAAAAAUGUUCAUUAGGGUCAUGCCACUUGGAGGACAGUGUUACGAAGAGGGGCCAUUCUUCCCCACAACUCCCAGAUAUGCUGUGCAGGUGGGCAUUGCCAAAAAACAAGACCUCCUACUGAAACCUGACUGGACAGCGAUUAUUGGAGUAAUCACGGGACUUCUCACAUUGCUUAUUACCUGUGUGGUGUUGACACUUCUUUGUCAGGGACUUAGCUGGUCACAGAAGGGCACGGCCUGCCCUCCAUUUCGAAGGCAGCAGCUGAAAUACAAUCUGGACAGAUAUUCCUCUCAUGUACCAACAGUCUUUCCCAUCAAGAAAUAUCACCCCUGGCUGCAGAACAAAGGUAGCAUGGAUGCUGACUCUUGCAGCACUGGUGGAACAGCCUGCUCCCUGAAAAAGGGUGAUAUUUGGGAACCUGAAGAACACAUAGACCUUGAGUCAUUUAACACCAACGUUUUCUUUGAACUUUUGCUGAGGCAGUCACGAUCAGUCACAGCCAAACUGGGCCAUUUCAAAGAAGAGGUGAAAACUGUAUAUCGCAAGCUUACGAGUGAAAUAUCUGCACUGAAAAACCUUUGGAUCAUGACACUAAAUAUCCCAGAAGAGAUGGAGUCAUACGAGAGCACAAUGAUGGAGAAUUACUUAAAAGCAAAACAGCAGGCAGAAGAAGAGAUGCAGCACAGGAAGCAGCGGGCUGCGGAAUAUGAGGAAGGCGUGAACAAACAGAUGCAGUUACUGCAGCAUGAUCUGAAAUGUCAGGAAGAGCAUUAUGUCACAUUCAAUUCUGCCCUGCGAGAGGCGAUGAGACUGGCAGAAAUGCUGACAAACAAGAUGGCCUGUGAAGGAAGCCCAACCACUUGGUCCCAGCGGGACUACAAAAGCCUGUUAGCCCUGAUAGAUGCUGCAAGCAACAGGAUGUCAAGCAUAAUAAUAACAGAGAGCCACCGCCUCAAAGCGUGGGGAGUGCUGGGUGAAGGAACAGGAGCUCACCUUCUUAACAAAGCUAAAACCAGGAUCCUGACCAAACAGGAGCUUGUGGACCCAAAUGGCAAUGCCCGAGCACCUGAUGUUGUCUCUGUGGAUCCUGUCACUGGGCUGUUAACCCCCAGCCCGCACUGUGCCAUGCUGCUGAGCAGCCAGUGCUCUGGGCCAGUACCCAGCAACCACUUCCUGCAUCCGGGCACUGGGAAGGUGCUUCAUGUAGCUGGCAACGUCGGUUAUGAUCCCAUCAGAUCUAGGCUGGUCUGUACUGUUGAUUCUGCUUCCGGUGAGCGUCAGAAGCCUGAAGUACCCAUAUUUCCCUACAUUCCUUACCCAGUUUGUCCUGACACCGGCCUACCCGUGAAGACAAAAUUUCCAGUCCUGUGUCCUGAAAAAAUAUUUGCGCUGGGAGGACUCAUGGCAGAUCCAGUGACAGAAAUAGAAGUACCAGUGCUUGGGGUUACGAUCCAUCCUCACACUGGGCAAAAGCUGGCUGUGGGUGGGACAUACCUCAACCCCAUCACCGGCACAUUGACACCGCUGGAGAUCGGGGGUCCUAUGACAGAGCCAGAAGGAGGCAAGAUUGUUCCAAUACUCGGGGUCGGUUUGGAUGGUAACACUGGAGAAGUCAUACCUCUAGGUGGGCUGACGGAUCCUUCUGGAAACUUGAUGCUUCUUGGAGACUCCUUCAUUGAGCCUCUGAGUGGGAAAAUCGCCCGAGUACAGGGAGCUCAUCUGCAGCAAGGCAAGGUGCUGCCCCAUGGUGGCAGCUACCAAGCGGUGCUGGAAGCUGAGUGCCUGCUUUCCCAAAGCCGCGUGGUGAAUGCUCUAAAGAAGCUUAAGGCAUCAAUUUUGGAAGACACCUGUCUAGCAGCAGGCAGAUUGGCAGCGCUAAAGGCUUCAGUAGAAGAUAUGAAGAAAUCUUUCACUGCUAGAUUUUACCAUGCAAUGCACUGCUUGCAAAGCCUCAGGAAAAAACAAGAAAUAGCUUCGAAUUUCAAGAGUAAUGGUGGGAAUCUGGGUAUGAUCAAAUAUCCUGGCACAGAGAUGUGGAUCCCUGCAGUGUUUGGAAUGAAUAUCCCAGAUCCCGGUGGGUCCCGUUUGAUGGUGCCAAUUCUGGGAAUAGACUUUGACUGGGAUAGCAGGCAGCCUUCCCCACUCGCAGGAACCAUGGAAGAUGGAAAUGGAAAAGGCCUUGUCCCUAUCACUAUUGGUGCCAGAACCAUCAGUCCAAUUACAGGUGAAAUUGGGCCUGUUGUCGGUGCUCAAACCCACCCCUGGACACACAAUGUAAUUCCUGUUGUUCAGCCCUUCACAGCUUUACCAAGAGCCACGGAUUCAGAGCUGCUGGACCUUCUAGAGAAGGAAAUAAAUUCAAGGCAAAUAUACUGGCACUGCAGAAUAAAAAAGGAAGAAGGGCUUCUUAAAGAACUGAGUUCUCUGUUUCUUCAUGUCCUUGAUGCUACAAACGAGGGAAAGGCACAGAAGAUAAAAUACAGGGGGGAAGUGAAAGACAUUGAGGAAAUGUGUCAUUUUCUUGAAGGGUCCUCUCUGAAAGAAGCUGAGAGAAGAGCUUCAAAGUAUUUCAGCAGCCAGCUGGGCACUGCAUUGCCCUUACUAUUCAAAGCUGACAGAGAUGAAAAAGAACAGGAAAUACAGGUUCUGCUGGAGAUCAGAAAGGCACUGGAAAAGCUGAUGCAGUUUGUUAUAAAAAUUCAACAAGAAGAAAAGCGAAUAUACAUGGAGAUGACAGAGAGAGAGAAGCAAAGGGGAUGCACGUCAAGUACGGAAACAGUAACCAGUCUGGUGCACAGACAGACCGUGCUCGCUCUAGCCUCUGAAUUUCAGGAAUGCAUGCUGAAACAACAAGCUAACGUGGAGACUGCAUACACCAAGCUGGAAUUUUUGAGGGACCUGUCAGAUAUCCAAACCCAGCAGGCAAAGAUGCUUUUCUCUGGGUCACAACACUGUUUUGAAAACUAUGAGACGGCCAGAUAUUAUGGCAGCAGUGGGAUCUCACACAGUACAUGCGAGGUCAUCCAUCACAGAGUGAUCCCUCUGCUCAAGUCUAUGGUUCAGAUGCUGGAGGAAGACAGCAGAAGUUAUGUGUCAUCUGAGACACCCGGUGAGAGAGGAGAUAAAGAAACAGCAAGCUCUUGUCAGAGUAAACAAGAUGCCUUGUUGACUCAAGAAGGAGAACUAAUAGCAGUCGAUUCUACAACUCUAUCUACGAGGGAGUUUGUCAUAUAUCAGUAUGGCAUCUCUUUCCUGCAAUUUCUCAGACUUCACAUUGAUGCUCCAGAAAUUAACCUGUGUGUUGCCUCCAGUAUACCCCUCUGUAAUGCCACAGGCAAUGCCUUCAGAAACUCUUUCUUUUAUCAGACCUCAAAGAACAAACUGUUCAUUCUGAGGGAUUGUCUGGGUUCUGUUGGGAGCUUUCUCCUGCUCCUUGUGCACUGCUUUGCUCAUAUCGCUGCUGCUGACUUCAGCCAAGACACCAACCCAAUCUUUCUGAGGCUUUUUUACCAGGCACUAAAAACUUGCCUUAGUGAAAUGUUCUCUCUCAGACUCCAGCUGUCAGUAGUUCUCCAAGGUAAUAAAUCUUCUGGGAUAACUCACGUGUUGCUGAAGGAAGAACCAUUCUCCAAAGAAGAAAUCAAUCUGAUCUCCCAACUUUUCGAGGUGGAAGUGAAAAACCUCACAGAAAUUGAAGCCUUUGAGAAGAUAAUACAAAAGACUUGAGUCCUGAUCUGGUUGAAAGCCAGCCAUCCUUUUUUUUCUUACCUCACUGCAAAAUGGCAAAUAAAGCUGCUUAUGGAUAUCUGGGCUUUCAUAUUUCCAGCUAUCCAUUCCCAAAAAGCAUGUAACUGUUUCAGAUCCCAAAACCUCACAAGCAGUAGCAGAAGGUACUGCUUUUAUCUGGGAAAAAAAAAAACCCUCAUAUCAGAAAAAAAUUAUUUAGCCUCAUGCAAAUCACUAGGACAGCAUAAAAAGCAGUACUAUGAGAAAUUAUGUAAAGACUCUAUUAAAGGCUUUUAAAGUUAA